AUGGCCGAAUCAAAGAAACCCAAAUCCGAUGGAUUGGACGAAGCCCAUGUCGAGAAUGAAGAAAAAUAUCUUCGCGGCAAAUCAGUUUCUUACAAAAAAAUCAAAGAUAAAAAGUUAAAGGGAAAGCUUCGAAAGCAAGAAGAUGAAAUUCGUGAAGCUGCUCGUGCCGCUGCUCGAGCUGAACUUCUGCUCGGUGAAGAAGCAGGGUUCCUGGAAGCUGAAGGUAUCGAACGAACUUACAAAUUCCAACAAGAUCAACUCAAAGAUGCCGUCGAUGUCAAUACCGCAAAUAAAAUUUUUACUUUGGAUUUACCGGAAUUCGGUCCAUAUGCAGUCGAUUAUACCAGAAAUGGCCGGCAUCUUCUCAUCGGUGGCAAAAAAGGACAUAUCGCUGCAUUCGAUUGGCAAACAAGCAAACUUCACUUUGAGACUCAUGUCAAGGAAAUCGUGCGCGAUGUCAAGUGGCUGCAUAACGAGACGAUGUUGGCUGUCGCACAAAAAAAAUACGUUUAUAUCUACGAUCAUACCGGUUUGGAAAUCCAUCGUUUGAAGGAUCAUAUCGAAGUGAACAAGUUGGAAUUUUUACCCUACCAUUACUUGCUGGCGACAGUUGGCAAUGCAGGUUAUCUCAAAUAUCAGGAUACAUCCACCGGUCAGCUGGUAUCAGAACACAGAACCAAAUUGGGUCCAUGUAAAGCUAUGGCGCAAAAUCCAUACAAUGCUGUUCUUCAUCUCGGCCACAGCAAUGGUACGGUGACUUUGUGGUCUCCAACCAUGUCAGCGCCAUUAGUGAAAAUGUUGUGUCAUAAGGGACCGGUACAAUCCGUGGCAGUGGACAAUUCCGGGCGCUAUAUGGCGACUUCUGGUCUGGAUGGUCAAUUGAAAAUCUGGGAUAUCCGAAAAUUCGAGGAAUUACAGAGUUAUUAUACGCCUCGACCUGCAACAUCUCUUUCAAUUUCACAAAAAGGUCUUCUCGGUGUUGGUUGGAGUACACAUGUAUCAAUCUGGAAAGAUGCUUUCCUUACAAAGCAAGAAUCACCAUAUAUGAAUCAUUUGCAGCCUUCUUCGGCCAUUUUCGAUGUGCAGUUCUGCCCAUAUGAAGAUGUACUUGGUUUCGGCCACGAAAAGGGUAUCUCCAGCAUCGUGGUGCCAGGUGCUGGUGAACCGAACUUUGAUUCUUUGGAAGCUAAUCCAUUCCAGACCAAGAAGCAGAGACAAGAAGCUGAAGUUCACAGUUUGCUUGACAAGCUUCAGCCUGAAAUGAUUGUGCUGGAUCCUACCCAGAUCGGCAAAGUUACCAAGGUUACUAAAGAAGAAUUGAAGAAACGACGGUUAGAGGAAAUGGAGGAGAAGGGCCCUGACACUCCUGCGAAGGAAAAGAAGAAGAUGCGAGGAAGAAAUUCCGCACUGAAACGACAUUUGCGUAAAAAGAACAAGAACGUUAUGGAUCAGCGCAAGAUGGAAUUACUGGAGAAAAUCGGCGCCGAAAAAGAGAAACGGGCGGCAGAACAGAAGCCCAAAACAUUCACCACACUCGACAUUUUCUAG